AUGGAUCCCAAGAUGUGUGCGUUGCUCAAGCUCGCCGUGUACAUUGAGGCAACAUCGAAUAUGGCAAUUUCUGAGUAUUUGUACGGCAAUCCCAAAGACGGAGACCGCAAUGUACGACGCUUUUUCUUAACAGAUAUGGUUGGUAAUGAAGUCUUCAAGAAGCUUAAACCGGGAAAUUUAGGAACGCACAGCCUCCCCGUUGGAGAACUCGCAAAGACUGGGAUUAGUUGCGUUACGCCUGAUUUAUUCUGUAAUGAGAUUGCACCGACAGUAAAACAACUCAUGGGCGACUCAAUUGCGGAAAUGUUGGCAUUAACCCUGCUCUGGGCAGCAAUUGAACCAGUAGAUGCGUACGAAUACGCACUACUGCCAAGCAAACUUAACAGCGAAUUGUAA